AUGGAGGAUAACCCAGGUUGCAGCAGCACUGGGAAAAGUAAAAGUUGGAUAGAAAUGAUGGAUGAAGAAAGUAAUAUGACAAAUGAAGAUAACACUAGAAAUAAUAAAAUAAACGAAGAAAUUAAUUAUUAUGAACCAUAUGAUGAAGGAUCGUACACGGUUUUUGCAGAAUCAACUAACGAAAGCAUUGGCAGAUUUCACAAUCUAGCUUUAGGCAGAUUGAUAUUCAAACAAUCGCUUAACAUAAGAAAAAAUAUCAUAGAUAUCUCAAAGAUCGGGAGAAACAAAAUCAAAUUAGUAUUUAAAGACUACUUUUAUGCUAAUAAAUUAAUCAAAGAGAAAAUUUUGGAAAAAUUUAACAUAAGAACAUACAUCCCAAGACAUAAAUUAUACAAAACCGGCAUUAUUUUUAACGUUGAACCCGACAUGAAUGAGCAAGAAAUCAUGGAUGUUAUUAGAUCGGUAAUCAAAAUAUUAGAUGUCAAAUGCAUUAAAAGAAGAAACUUAGAAAAAAUAAAUAUGAAAUCACAAAUGGUAAAAAUAGUGUUUAGGGGUAACUAUCUGCCAGAAUACGUCUCAAUGUAUUCGGUUAGGUGUGCUGUCAGUCCUUACAUUCAAUCUGUAAUGCAAUGCCACAAAUGCUGGCGUUAUGGACAUAUAAAAAAUCAAUGCAAAAGCAAGAUAAGAUGCCGGUAUUGUUCAGAAGAACACUCUCAUGAAAAUUGCCACAUCGUGUCAGACUUUAUAUGUGCAGUAUGCCAUGGAAACCAUCAAGCAAAUGACAAAGAAUGUAAAUUCUUCAAAGUAAAUAAAGAAAUAAAAGAAAUGAUGGCACUACAUAACAUAUCUUAUCUUGAAGCUAAAAACAGGAUGUGGAAAAAAGGAUAUGCUGAGGCUGCUAAGAUCAACCCGUACAAUCCGGGGUUUAAUUCAUCGUUUCCGAGACUAAAUGGCAAUACCGAAAUGGAUUCACACAGGCAUAAAAAUAAAUAUGAAUUAUUGAAUAGUUUUGAUGAACAAGAAAUUAACAUUGUUAAAGACAGAUUAAUGUUAAUGAAUAAACCAAGAAAUAUUAUGUAUAAACGUCGAACAGAAUACUUGAGGCCGAUCAAUCGAUUUAACAGAGAUCAGAUAACUGAAAAACCUGAAAAAAAAAACCAAGAAGAACCAAGCCUAAACAGUAAUAAGACCAAUAAAAAGGAAGAAAAUAAACGACAAUUAAAUCAUUUCAUAGAAUUGGCAUUGAAACUUCGAGAAAAAAUAGAAUGUGAGAGAAAUAAAGAAUGUAAAGAGAUAGAUGAAAUUAUAUAUAAGUUAAAAUGGGAUACACAUACCAUUAUGAAUUACUUAAACCAGAAUAAUAAAACAGGUAUAGAUAAUCGUAAUAAAGAUGAAAUACACAAUAAAAUAAGUGUGGUCAAUUCUAACGAAAGUUAG